CAUUGUCUCCUUCCUGGGCAGACUCGAACCGCGUUCAAUUGAGAGCCGGAAGGUCGAGGAACUGGCUCAACUUUUGCUGCUGGUUAGUUGGAAGUUGAAUUUUCAGACGAUGGUUCAAAUCGUGGAGGCAAGACAUGUUGAAUUUAGCAAGCCGAUUGAUGCUCUCCGCCUUUGCCUGCCCUACACUCAUGCUAGUGGGCUUGUAUAAGUUUAGUAUUCAGUAUGCAAGCGGUUUGGCUUACGCGUUCAAGUGCGGCACCGGCGAGUUCCCUUGGAUCGAGUGUUUUGUGCUCAAUUUCCGGAUGGUGAUGACAACCAUUUGGCGAUUAAGUGGCGUGAAGUCGCCCUUGGAAUUGGCGGAAUUUGAAUAUCCACUGCCGUCCAAAUUUGAUGCGGAUAAAGUGAAUAUGAGUCGUACGUUGACCAAGAAGCUCGACAAGACCGAGCACUGCCAGAGUUGUGGUAAAAAGUUCAACGCCAAGACCUUAGUGUUUCCCAUCGAGUAUGGUCUUUGUCGAAUUGAGACCUUAUUCCCGAGAGAAUUCCUGUGGAUUCCUCGUCCCAAAUCCACCUGGGGAUCACCUCCAGAUAUAUCCAAUUCCAAACGUACUGUGGUCGUUGUUUGUGAGCCAGCUUGCCUUUUAGAAUUGGCUCAAACGUUCAGUCCGGCCUUAGUCAGAUUUCGUAAUGCUCUAGAAAGGAAGGAUGUAGGCACAGAGGAAAAUAUCAAUUGGAAGGUAGAUUCUCUGUUUCUAAGCUUAAUGGAUAUUCACUCCCAAGAAUUGAAAGACUUCGUAAUUUCAAAAACCAGUCAACUCGGCAUGAAGAAUGUUUAUGGUUCGACCCAUCGGGAAUUAAGGGGUUUUAGUCGCGUCUGGGUUUUAGAUAAUGUGGACUUGAUACCACCCAAACCCAUGUACAAAUCAAGGAAAGAGUGCUUGUUUCUUAUUGAUACACCUAGCCCUUCAAUCGAUGAGACCCUUGUCCAAGUGUUUGUCAAGAAUUUCCUGACCAAGCUCAAUGCAACGAUGGUUAAAAGUUGGCAAUCAAAUGCUAUACCGGCCGACAGUCCGAUCGGUAGAUAUCGUGCCAAGGUCUUACAAGAACUGGAAAACACUCCAAAAGAAAAAAUGGAGACUGUCGCAGAGACAUCAUUAAUUUACUCCGCCGGUGAACAUGUUCAAGACCUCGCGUUUGCGCUCCAAGAUCGAAACAUCCCAGUCACAAUCCAGAUCCAACCUAUUUACAAGAAACUUUUAGGCUUGGGUGGGAUGGAUUUCUAUACACCAGGCGUGAGGUAUUGCUUUCGAUCGAGCUCCAUGACUAUCUUCCCAGCGCCUAACAAGUGUUUUCCAUAUCCUAUGUAUAAGAUAGGAUGGACUUUCGAAUUGACUCCUACAACGCCCACAGGCUUGGAAGAACUGUCAAAUAUUCUGAUGGAGAAUGAUUGCCUCAUUAUGACGAAUGGAAUGGAUCUCAUCAACAAAACCGCUGAAGGCGCUUUCUUAUACAAGGAUGGCAGCCACUUCAUCGGUUUCAUCCUGCCUGAUAUGUUUAAAUUCCUCAUGGGAUCAAGCACGUUUCAGGAUAUAUGUUCCAAUUUCUACUCUAAGACCAUGGUAGAAGAUGAAAACCCCUCAGUUUUUACAAAAUUCAACAAAACUGCUAACCGAAGACCGUCUAAAGAUGCAGAAGUUGAAAACGUCUUGAAAGUGGUCCGAGCGGCCGCCAUUUUGCACACGUUCAAACACAAGCCGACCGUCUCAGUAAGAAACUUGAAAAACUGUGCCUCCGUUUUCUUUCAUCUCUGUUUGAAAACAGAUUUACAAGAAAAUUGCAAUAUCGUUGUUCGGUUAGGCACAUUGAACCAAGGUCCUGCCGAUGCCGUUGUUCGAGAGUUCAUGUUCAUGAUCGGCGGUUUCGAUACAGACAUGAAAGUCCGCUAUUUGCCUCUGCCUGGAAAAAAGUCUCCACCUCGUCUUGAUCUUAACGAACCUUUGACUUACGCACCAGGACUAGAUAAAUUGGAAUUCCAUUUGAAGGUGGGCUUGCCUGAAAUGUGGCUCCAAUUUGAGUACAUCGGAAACGUGGUGGCGUUUGAUGGGCACUUUGACCUUGUCAAAGCAACAUUUGAGGUGACAGAGGGACCGUUGGAUGGUGACGCGAAACAAUACUUCUUCUUGAUAACGAAAGAUCAACCCAUGCGUCAGUGGCUUCGACACUUACUGAAUCGAAACAACUUUGAGGAAUUUGUCCCAAGAACCACAUUUAUCAGUAUACCAGACGACCAAGAUGACCCGUGCGAUGUCUUGAAUGAGCCAAUUGUCAUUGACGAAUCCAAGAGUAUUUUUGAAAUUGAGGAAAUGCUCGGUGAAGACAUUUCCGAAGGACACUUUGCAGUAGUGGUUCAGAACACGUUCAAUUUUCUAGACAAAGUCUUUGACAGAAAAUGGUUUGCUCCCGAAACUAAUUUUGCGUCGUCCUUCAACCGCAUAAUCUGGUGUGGCGUACUCGAGGUCGGCGAAAUUGUGUCCUGUGGGCCAACCCAAACCCAACUUUGGUUGAUUGGCGGGCAAAGUCAGUCAGUGUUGGACGGUUUGACGUUGACUGGAUCAGCUUUCUCGAUAAUUACAAUCUCUGAUGAUCGAUUACGCGGCAUGUCGGAAGUGGCAUCCUAUCGGGCAAUCAUUGCACCCGUAUGGUCAGGAAAGAGAUUUGUGGAUAUUACCCAAGAGGUUAUUCUAAGGAUUGCCCGUUCGGACGGAAAGCUUGAAAUUCAUGGUCAAUUCUCAUCUCAUGAGCCCAUUUUGCUCAUACCUCGUUACGACACGAAAUUGAAAUCAUUGUUUGUGUCAGUUCUCCGAAACGUGACCGGAUCCGGAGACAAGACGUGCAAAACCAAAGUACCUGUAAGAAAUGAGCCCUGUCUUUUUACUCAAGUGAAAGGUAUUUGCUUAAGUGAGCCUGUGUUUAUGUUAAUCAGACAAACCGAACCCCAAGAUGAAGACUUUGCAAAGUAUAUUCAAGCUUUGGAUUCGUCGUGCUCGUCAGUUCUUCAUGUCAUGAUUCCUCUGAAUGCGUCCCUCUCCGAAAAAGCCGAGGCGAUUUGCUUUCCUACUCCAACGGUGAACUCUCAGAGGAGGAAACGUGUAAGAAUUGAUUUGAAGCCAUUAAUGGGCAAGCUUUCCUUUCCUUACCUCAUCAUCGGCAUGGACCCAAACACGAAUGAUUCGAAAGAGAACCCCAUUUUUAGGGAUGAUCUUUUUCUAGUUGAGAUCAUUGAUGAAGAGCAGCUCUCACUCAUUCUUACACCGCUUAAAACACGGCGUCGGCUCUCUCAGUUUUGCCUGGAUGAAAAACUAACAUUCGUACCUAAGUCUGCCCUGAAACCAGCUCCAGUUGUGGACGAUGAGAGGAUUCUUUGGAUGAGUGACACUGAUUUACCCAUUGUCAUUUCUCACAUUGCGGCAUGUGCACCCGUUGACGAGUUAACCAUUUUAAAUUUCAUCUCAUGGAUGGUUAGUCCCAAUCAACGAAUUAAAAUUGAAAGACCCACCACUUCAGAUACUCCACCAAUCAUUGAGGCCCGUGACCUGGUUCAAUUUAAUGUCCGUUUCCUAAAAAGGAUUGAAGGCUUCAGCGAGAUUGACUCGUACCAAGCUUGUUUGCUGACAAUGAAGGAACUGACCUUGGUUGUGGGUCAUGUUCCAUUGUCUCUCCGUUAUUAUCCAGAAGAAAGGGUCCCACUCAAGCUGGAGAUUUCGAUUGAACGAACCUUGAAACAGAUUCCAACCGAAAAUCGAAAGAAAAUGUCAGCUUCACAAAUGGGUUCCAAGCUUGUGGGUAAUAUCUCGAUUGGAUACCAAGGUAGGGUGGUGUUAGAAUUUCUGGCAUCAUCCUUUCACAAUUCAAUUUCAACCGAUUGUUUUAUGAAUGAAGAAGUGUCUUCAGAUUCAGAAAACCCCACGCACGAACUAAUAACGACGUGGACGAACCCAAAAGCGCUGAAGAGGAUAGCCAAAGAACGCAAAUCUAAAGUAGUUCCCAUCGAGUUGCAUUUGAUCCGCCAAACUGAUGAUCCCAAGCUCACGUACUUCACCAACGAAUUGGAAUGUCUAUCAGAAGAGAACAAAUCCAUUCCUUUGCUCGUGAUUCCACGAAGAAGCGAUUUCUUAAGCCCAAGCUCCUCAUACUCUGGUUCCAAUCCGAAGUUAGGCGGGUUCCUUCUGGAAUUCGACCGAUCGAGGAAUAUUUUCACGGGGAAAUUCUUUCCACGGCGAAUCAUCAUCGACAUGAUGGUCAAAGGAGGAGCAGAGAUCUAUCAAGAUACCUCCAACGACGCUGAGACCACAUAUCUUGAUGGCUCAGGGUCUGAAGAACAAAGCACCGCCGUUCAAGAGAUUCAAGAGCUAACCGAGACCCUCUUACAACAAGGUCGUGAAAAGCGCCAAGCUGAGGAAGCCAAUGCUACGUUAAUCCAAUCAGCUCACGAUCUCAUUCAAGCGUGCUUGUCCCAUGGUCCCAAGUUGUCUGCCAAGAAGAGCCUGACUCGAUCCCAAGUCACUCGAAUCGCACCAGAUGUCGAUGUAGAAAAAGUGCUCGACUAUUUGGGUGGCUUACAAAAUUUGUCUUAUCAUGUGAAAGUGCGCCGAGAUCAGCUCCUGAAUCAAGGUGAAAGCAAGGUCUACAAUUUGCCCUCCUUUAGAGUGGACACUAGAAACGAGGACAAGUUCCAAGACACUUUGAAUCAAUUGGUGGAAAAGGCCUGGACCACAAUGCCAGAGAUACCGACCUUUGAGUUGAAUCGAUGCGCCUUUUGUCGCCGAGAAGACUUUGAAUUUCUGGUUUGCCCAAGUUGCCUCGUUACAAAAUAUUGCAAUGAGCAAUGUUUCAUCAAGGACAAAUUUACCCACAUGAAGGAGUGUAAGGAUAAAAGCAAGAAUUUGAGUCUUGAACUGUUGAGUGAUGUCAAAAAAGUAUUUCCCUCAAAUAUUGUUCGUUAAUAGCGAUCGUGCUAAAAUGUAAGUGCGACUACAAUCAACCCAUGUGCUGAUAAUGGGAUUCCAUUUGUUUGUCGCCGUUUGUCAUCUGUGAUACCAAAAUAUCUUGUCAAUUUAAAAUAAACUCAAGGUAAAACAAA